UCUAUAUCUAUAUUCUCCUGUAUUCUAUAUUCUAUAUAUAUGGAAUCACUUUUUGCGUAACUCUUGUGGUUUCCCACAGAGUGCGAAUAAUAUAGGCAGCUACUAGCUACACGAGAUAGAGUGUAACUAAGAGUAAGAGAUGACAACCAAGUUUGAAGUCAAGAUGCACCCUCAGCCGCAUCGCAUUGCUGUCGUGAUAUUUGGCCGUUAUCCUCAGCCAGGUCGCAGUAAAACCCGACUGACGCCCCUAUUGGGAGAGGCCGGUGCUGCUAAAGCUCAGCUAGUGAUGACUAACCAGUUGCUAGAGAAACUUCUCCCAAUGCAGACCCAGGCGAAGCCUAUGGAAGGAUACCAAUGCGAGUUUGCAGUAGAAAUGCAUUACUCGUCUGGCAGCAGAAAAGGCAUGGCCAACUGGCUUGCGGCUUAUAAACAUCGGUAUCCGGGUUUUUCAUGGAGAGUGCAGGAGGGGAGUGACUUGGGUGACAGGAUGCAGAAAUCAUUCUGGACUAUGUUCAAGCAUGGGUUCACAAUUGUGAUAAUAAUUGGCAGUGACAUUCCAGGGCUCAAUCUCAUUCAUAUCAACGAUGCCGUCGAGAAAUUAUUGCCAGGAAACACGAAUAUGGUUGUUGGGCCGGCAAAAGAUGGCGGAUACUACUUAGUGGGCUUGCACAGAUCUGCCAUCCCUCAGCUAGAUUCGGCAUUUAAAGGCAUUGACUGGGGCUCAGAAUACGUAUACAAUCAGCAGAUGCAGUUGGCUCGCUCCGUUGGAUUAAAAGUGAAACCGUUGACAACAGUGUUAGAAGAUGUGGAUGUGCCGUCAGACAUGGCAGUGUUUGAGCGAUACACCCAUGUUAGUCCAAAGCAGCUCGUCAGCCCUACGUGGACGAUAGUUGUACCCAUGCGAAAUGAAGUUCAUCACGUCAAAGCUGUCGUGCAAAACGUCGUGAAGAAUGCUCGAUGCCUUUCCAAUAUCACGCUAGUGUUUAGUGAUGAUGGGAGCACAGAUGGCAGCACCGUGCAGGUAGAAAAGAUGCAGCAGCUUUAUGGAUGCCAGCUCACAAUAAAACUGGUCACUUCUGAAGCGAGGCGCGGGCGUGGACCGGUGCUGAACGCCGGCGCGGCGGACGCCGACACGGACUGCCUCUUGUUUCUGCACUGCGACUCGCGGCUGCCGCGUCACUUCGACGAUCACGCGCGCGACGCGCUCUCCGUCCCCGGCGCCGCCGCCGGCGCUUUCCUGUUUGCGACGGACUCCGUGCAUGACCCCGAAGCAAGGUCAAAGGUCACGUCCUUGUUCGCGUGGAGCAUGCGGGUCUUGGAGUGGGGCGCCAACGUCAGGUCCAAGUACUUCGAGAUGCCGUAUGGAGAUCAGGGACUCUUCAUGAGCAGGCGCGUGUUCGAGCGCGUCGCCGGCUUCCCUCCUGUUCCUCUCAUGGAAGACGUUGCUUUAGUCUCUCGUGUCAAACGACUUGGACACAUGCAGCUGGCAAGCUGCGACCCGUGCGUGUCCUCUAGUAGACGCUGGCUAACCCAUGGAGUGCUGAAGGUUACACUGUUGAGUCAGUUUAUCCUGGCAGCUUACAUGGUGGGGGUUGAUCCCAGGAGACUAGCACAGUGGUAUUAUGGUGACAAGGCCCUUCUUGGAUGAGCAGGAAAGACAGGUGCGGCCUCAGCCCCCAAACCUGUGUGGCGGCCUCAGCCCCCAAACCUGCGUGGCUGCCUCAGCCCCCAAACCUGCGUGGCUGCCUCAGCCCCCAAACCUGCGUGGCUGCCUCAGCCCCCAAACCUGCGUGGCUGCAGAACAAGGUAAUAUAUCUGCCGGGUUUGGCUUGGUUUUGAUUUGGAUUGAUUUGGAUUGAUUUGGUUUUGAUUUUGAUUUGGAUUGGUUUGGAUUGAGAAUGCAUUUCUGACAUACAGGCUGAUGCAAAAGCUUCAGACUACUGUAGUGUCCCCUGGUGUUCAAAUUUUUUAUGAACGAGAUUACUUGUUGUGAAUUCCACUGUUGGUGUUAAUGGACCAAAAAUUAGCGUAGAGGUCAUGUUUAACUGUGAGAUGUUAUCCGAUGAGAUAUGUGUAAGCAGAUGUUUCUAUGUUCAUUUUGUCCUGUUAAGGAUAAGAAUUUCACUCUGCUAAAACCGUGUUUGUGUAAUGCCGCAUUUACUCUGUGAUUUAUAUCAUGUUUUUGUACGUAGGAAUAGAAUUUCUGUGUGCACACUGCAGCCAGUUGUGUUUAAAACAAUAGCUGGUGGUGUCAGUCAUUUGGUGGUUUUGUAAUGGCAUUAGGAUGAGGAAAACGUAGAAAACCCCUGAAGAGAGAAAGCGCAAUCAAUGCAAUUUUAAUUGAUGUAAUAUAUUGGGAUACUACACGCAAAUUGCUACAUCAUGGCAACCAUGGUAAUUCCUACCAUAUUAUUCUAGAAUAACCUUGUUGUGCAAUUCCCAGGAAGCACGCAGAUAUAUAUACAGGUUAAAUCAAGUGAAUACUAAUUAUUCAUGAUAAUGAUGAAAUUAAUUCUCUACUACUUCUACUUUUUUUUUCACAUUACUUAUUUCUAUUUUCUUACUUACUUACUUACUUACUUAUUUUAUUUUCAAAUUUAUUUACUUGUUACUCUGCCGAUACCUGGUUUAAUGAAUGAUGAGCUAGUCACAUUACUGCAUUACAGAAAUAUGUUAUAAUGUUAAUAGCAUGAGCCUAUGUAUGCUAUAAGUAUACAUAAAUUAAUGGCAAUAGGCAGAAGACGUUUGUAUGAUCAUACUAGAGUAGUUUACUACAUUUCAGGGAAUUCCCAGAGCUGUGAAAUAAUACUCUAUGCAAAUAUAUUGAGUAUUUACACAUAUAAUUCGUAUAUGUAAAUUGUCUGGACAGCUGACUAACCUUGUCACGAGUGAAAUCCGGGUGAAAUGUGUGUUCGUAUAGAUGUUAGGCUAACGCUCCAUUCAUCAUCAUCAUCGUUACUCAUUAGAGGCUUAACCUCACGAGUCCGGGGAAUCCGAUCACCCGUAGUGGUCGCGAAUCCACCGUUUGAAUCUCAAACGUUCUCGCAUCAUUCUAAGGAGUUGUCCUUUGUCCAUUCCCAAUACUCGCUCAAUUCUCAGCCAUUAAUGAGGAAAUAAUUAGGAGUGUUCCCAACUUUGAUAUCAUUAAUGAUUAAUGAUUGAUAAUCCUAACCCUAACCCUGGGAUUAAAGUUGGGAACACUCCUAAUGGAGUAUCACCCAGAUGUUACACUGUAAUUUUGUUUAGUAUCUUAUUAUUUACACAAGCCCAAAAAAACAACUGUUAUUAGAUUUGUUAGGGUGAGCGACAGGUUUUGAUAGAAUGUUUUACAAUGGUUUCCUUUUUGUCACGUGUAUCUUGAAUAAAGAAUCAAAACCAGGAUGAUGAUAGUAUUGAUACACAAUGGCACUUGCUUGCUUCUGCAAUGGACGUUUAUCCAAAUAGCUUAUUGUGAAUCUGUGGUGAGAAGUAAAAUGUGAUAUUAUACAAUACAGCAAGUAAAAGCUAUUACUGAGUGUAUAAGCCUGUAAUAUGAAUAAAACAAGAGCGUAUUAAGAAGGUAAUUAAUAUACCUUCUUAAUACGCUCUUGAAUAAAACUCACUUCCAUAUUCAAA